AUGUUGCAUGGGAAUCGGUUGACAUGGGAUGUAUUCAAGGCAGAAUUUUGUAGGGAAUAUUUGACUAAUGCAUUCAAAGUAGAGAGGCAAAAUGAGUUUGUUACCUUAAAACAAGGAAGUAUGACUAUGCGGGAACAUGUUGAUAGAUUUGAAGAUUUAUAUAAAUAUGCUUCUGACAUCUUUCCAACUGAGACUCAAAAGUGCUACAGAUUCAAGGAGGGCUUACAAAUAGUGCUGAAGAAUGAGUUAUCACUCUAUGAAGGCCAGCAUUUUAGAGGCUGGGUUGAGAAGGCAAUAGAGAAAGAAAAACUGAGGGAGGAAAUAGAGCAAGAAAGCAAAUUAAAGGCCUCAGUUUGGAUAAGGAAGCAAAAGGGAUUCAAUACGGGAGCUAGUACAUCUCAACAAAGAUCAGAGAUAGGAGGACCUAGAGGUAGUAUAGGACCUUGGACUUGGCAUAUUAGGAGGGAUUGUCCUAAUUGGGCACAGUUUGGUACUAGUGCUGGUAGAGGAGUUCAAAGCAGAACUAGUAGAGGAGGUAGGACUUUUGGCUUUGGUAUAGGUAUGGGUAGAGGUUUAGGAGCCGGUGUUAGUAGAGAGGGUGGUGCAUCUACAUUGACUCACCUUACUCGGCCUGUAUAUACAGAGAGACCUUUAGUGCAACCUAGAGUGCAACUCAUUCAUUUAUUGCAUCAUCAUUCACAUCAUGUAUCGAAAGAAAGGAGUGUGAUGGACGACGGUUUGGUUGUAGAUAUGCCAGUAGGUGAAUCAAUGGUGUUUGAUGUGAUCAUUGGCAUGGAUGUCUUAACCAAAUAUCAAGCAAUGAUUGAUUGCUAUAAGAAGAAGGUAGAGUUCCAGAUGCCUACUAGUGGUAAAAUUGUGUUUAGAGGUGAAAGGGGUUUAGAGCAUUAUAGUAUGGUUUCAGCACUCACAGCUAGAAGAAUGAUGAGAAAGGGGUGUGAAGCAUUCUUGGCAUAUGUCAUUGAUACAAAAAAAGAGGCACAAAAGCUUGACAGUAUUCCAGUGGUGAAUAAGUUUACAAAUGUAUUUCCUGAAGAUCUUCAGGGAUUGGCACCUGAUAGAGAGAUUAAGUUCAGUGUUGAUUUGUAG